GCAACAUGAUCAGCUUUACAAAGUGGACUACGGUUGAGGUUGUCCUCCAGAUCCCCCCUGCUUUUCCGGUUUGCACAUAUAACCUCACUCCCAUAGACCAGCUCCAACCGCGCGUGGACUACAAAGAAUAUUUCACUGAUGUGCUCGGUGUUGUCAGUGUGAUCUCCCGUGUUUCAUCGCUACGCACAAGGGGACGACAGGCUGAGGUUAUGAAGAGAACAGUCACUAUAAGCAAUGCAAGGGAUACCAGGCCAACUGUUGAUGUUGUGCUUUGGGGCGAGCGGGCCACGGCUUUCCCAGCUGAACAGGUCCACAGGGACAGUGAAUCCUCACCACAGAUCAUAAUAUUUGUUGGCACUCUCGUGAGAAGCUACGCUGAUAAUGUGUCUUUAUCGGGAGGAUCAUCAUGCAAGUGGUACAUAAAUACACCGGUCCCGGAAGUAAACGCUCUCAGAGCUAGUGCUGAAACCAAACACCUCCCUGUCAUUUGGGAUCAGGGCAAAGCAGCUGCUGAGAGUACAGUAAUUGCAGUUCCUGAACAUAAGAAGCUCAAGGAUAUUAAGUACCUCCAUCCUUUUGAAAAUAAGAAGAAGGAAUGGCUUGUCAUCGUAAAGGUGCUCAAGAUUGAUAGCUCAUGGUGGUACAACGCAUGCAAAAAAUGCCUUAGGACAACCAAACCGCAUGGUGACACAUACAAGUGCACCAAUAAUUCCUGUGACAACAUAGGAUCGCCUACCCCAAGUGCUUUUGGACACGAGCAGCACCGGCUAUGGAGGCCCACUUUUGGGAACUGAGGAUCGCUUUUGGGAACUGAGGAUCGCUUUUGGGAACUAUCCCAGUUCAUCUAGGUUGCUGUUAGAACUUCCCCCUGCUGUGUAGGGCGUAUGGUUUUAUGCUUGUAAGAUAUGGGCAGCGCUAUGCUGUGUGCUUGACUGCAAGAGAUGUCUUUUCUUGCUUGGUCAUAGCUAUGCUAUGUGUGUAAUGCUGCGAGGACCAUACUCGCGAUGUGUAAAGCAUGCCUAUAUAGUCUAGGCCUGAACAAACCAGAAACAUUGCUUCCCUUGGUACUUCUAC